UGUGAGAGUGUGUGUGGUGUGGUGUACAUUUCCCUGUCCACUUACCAGCUCUCUCAUUUCACUGGUAGAGGACUGAGGGAUUCAAGGACAUCUUCCCAUCCAGCGCUGCCAGACAGCCACAGAGCAGUACUACUGUAGACAGCCUGUAUCAAUAUCAAUUCAGCUGAGGUGUGAUUAUUGCUGGUUGAAACCUCGGAUCAGAUCAACCUAUCAUCUGCACCAGAUACCCAACACCCAGGGAGUCGGUGUUGCUGUAGUUAGCCACCAUGGGAGCCUACAUUGCCAAGAUGCUGCUGCCCACCGUUAGCAGCCUGGUGUUCCUGCCUGCAGCCAGCGUGGCCACCAAGAGAGGAUUCCACAUGGAGGCCAUGGUCUACUUCUUCACCAUGUUCUUCACCACGAUUUACCAUGCGUGUGAUGGGCCAGGCCUCUCCAUCAUAUGUUUCAUGAAGUAUGAGAUCCUGGAGUACUUCAGCGUGUACGGAACAGCCAUCUCGAUCUGGGUCACACUGAUAGCUUUAGGGGAUUUUGAUGAGCCAAAGCGUUCUACUCUGACCAUGUUUGGGGUUUUGACCUGUGCUGUGAGGAUCUACCAGGACCGCUGGGGCUAUGGGAUCUACUCUGGACCAAUAGGAUCAGCAGUAUUCAUAAUCACUGUCAAAUGGUUACAGAAAAUGAAAGAGACAAGGGGCCUCUACCCCGAGAAGAGAGUAUAUACUCAACAGGUGGGACCAGGAUGCUGCUUCGGUGCCCUGGCUCUGAUGCUCCGCUUCUACUUCGAGGAGUGGGACUACGCCUAUGUCCACAGUUUCUACCACCUGUCUAUGGCGGUGUCCUUCGUGUUGCUGCUACCCAAAAAGAACCGCUACGCGGGGACCGACGGCAACCCCGCCAAGCUCAGCUGCUACACGCUCCUCUGCUGCACACCUUUUCCUGCUUCUACGAAGGAGAAGAAGGACAAGAAGAAGACCACGUCUCGAACCAUUUGGACCAUUCCCACUGAGCGGCCUUGGACACGGGCCUGCAACUCACCAACUCUCCCUCUGUACAACCCACCUAGUACACCUGUUAGGAAAGCACUGGACAUCACCACAUCUGUUAAGAAAGGAUGGGAGAUCAUCAACACUACACCUGUUAAGAAAGCACUGGACAUCAACACUACACCUGUUAAGAAAGCACUGGACAUCAACACUACACCUGUUAAGAAAGCAUUGGACAUCAACACUACACCUGUUAAGAAAGCAUUGGACAUCAACACUACACCUGUUAAGAAAGCACUGGACAUCAACACUACACCUGAUAAGAAAGCACUGGACAUCAACACUACACCUGAUAAGAAAGCAUUGGACAUCAACACUACACCUGAUAAGAAAGCACUGGAUUUCACUACGCCUGUUAAGAAAGGAUGGGAGAUCAUCAGUACUACACCUGUUAAGAAAGGACUGGACAUCAACACUACACCUGAUAAGAAAGCACUGGAUUUCACUACGCCUGUUAAGAAAGGAUGGGAGAUCAUCAGUACUACACCUGUUAAGAAAGGACUGGACAACAGCACUAAAACUGUUAAGAGAGCACUGGACUUCAGCAGCACUAAACCAGUUGAGAAGGGACUGGACAUCAGACUAGAUAUUAGCAGCACUAAACCUGUUCACAAAGGACUGGACAUCAGCAAGCUCAAAGAACAGAAUGGGUGGAAGUGACCCCACAAGACAGAUAAACUUUUAUGAGUCAGUUGGUCUUGGUGAUGUCCAGGGAGAAAGCAAAUAGAGAGAGAACGAUGUCAUACAAUACGGGGUUACAGGAACACAGACAUCAUCCACGAAGGUCAAGCCCUGGCCUGUGCCCCCAGGGAGACAAAGAGUAUGGCUGUCUCUUCUGUCUGUACAGAAAACAGGAGAGAAGCCCUUUACUUCAAAACAUGAGGAGAGUGACAGGGAGAAGGGUUCCUGAGGCAAGCCAGUAAAACUGACUGGAAAAUUUGUGAGUAGCACAGGCGGCAGACAUUUUUUCUCUCCAAGAUGAAUAAAUUGUCUUUCAAAUGUUUCUCAGGAGGGACCUUUCGUCUGCUGCUCUCUCUCUCUGAGAAAGGAACUAUGCAGUUAAAUUCAGUUAUGAAAAUUACAAGAUUGUAAAAGCACAUUUUACUCGCUUUAUAUAUCCCCUAGGUGCCAAACAUGUCAUCUGGUGCAUCAGACAUUUGAGUGCAGCAGAAUCCGGUCCAGACACUAGACUGUAAACCAACUGCAGUGUUUUAGAAUGUUUAGAAUGAGGUGGCAGGUAUUUAUUCCAAUAUAUUGAGUGACCAAGCAACUUCAACUUUGUAUCCUUCCUUUUCAGCCUCACUCUCGCUAAGCGUUUUCAUGAUGUACUUUACAUAAUGCUUAUUUAUUGCAAUGGGAAGGGUUUUAUUUAACCGUGAUGGUUUCACUAUAAUGUAUGUAAUUAUUUUUCAAAUAAAUAU